CACCGGAGAGAUGAUUGCCAUUGCAGAUCCAUCUGGUGUUGAUGGUCCUUGGAGCUCCUUGAUAAGAUAAUAGAUGUCUGGGUGACACGUAUCAUACAGAGGAAAAAGGGUCGGGCGGGCGGCACCGAACCCGUUUGACUGCGCUUUACGCCUUUAACCCUUAUGUGCUGUCUCCAUCUCUCUUCAUCUCACAAGCCCACAGGACUUCAAACACCUGAUGAACACCAUACCAUAUAAACACGCUUUCUGGUGCUGUGAUCCAGGGUGCUUCACUAGAAAGUAUCAUCCAAAGAUCCAACUAUAUAUAUCUGCCACGAAACACAACAAGGUUGCCUGUCUUACGCUAAAUUAAAUCCUUCAUCAUCAUCGCCAUGGGAAGAGCUCCUUGCUGUGAAAAAAAUGGGCUCAAGAAAGGUCCCUGGACUCCCGAAGAAGACCAGAAGCUCGUUGAUUAUAUACACAAGAAUGGCUAUGGAAACUGGAGAACCCUUCCUAAGAAUGCUGGGCUGCAAAGGUGUGGAAAGAGCUGUCGUCUACGAUGGACAAAUUAUCUCAGACCCGACAUUAAAAGGGGACGGUUUUCAUUGGAAGAAGAAGAGACAAUUAUUCAACUCCACAGUAUAAUUGGAAACAAGUGGUCUGCAAUUGCUGCGCGUCUUCCCGGACGUACGGACAACGAGAUUAAGAACUUUUGGAACACGCAUAUAAGGAAGAAGCUGCUGCGGAUGGGGAUCGACCCCGUGACCCACCGCCGCCGCCUCGAUCUCCUCGACCUCUCGGCCGUGCUGCACAAUUCAUCUCAGCUCUACGGCGGCGCCGCCGCCGGCGAUUCCCAAAUCGAAUUCGGGUCGGGUUUUCUAGGGUUUCAUCCCGCCAUGAUCAAUCCUCACCUGUUGCGACUAGCUGCAGCUGCGUCUUCUUCACUAUACGCUUCUUCUCAACGACGAUCGGAGGAAUUUACUCCGAUUCCGAAUUCCGGCGACAAUUCCGGCCAAAAUCAGAUCUUUCACGGCGGCGAAAUUCUACCACAGUUACUGCAAUCGAAUCAGGAUCUAACUGACUUCCCCAAUUGCCCGCUGAUGCAAUACGACGACGUUUCCGAUUUCCCCCAAAAUCAGGACUGGCAGCAAAUCAGCUGCGGCGAAUUAGGGCUUCCGACGCUGUCGGAAUUUGGUGCUCCGGCGGUGGCUCCAACAUCGUCGUCGGAGCAAUACAACAAUCUCGGCGGCCACAAUUCGGUCUUCUCCAACAUGUCGACGCCUUCGUCGAAUUCAACUAAUUAUUACAAUAAUGUGAACAGCUCAUGUAAUGAAGACGAAAGAGAAAGUAACAGCAGCAGCACUUUGCUCAAAUUCGAAAUUCCCGAUUUUUUGAACGUUAAUGAUUUUAUGUAAGAAUUCAAAUUUCUGUAUAUGAAAUUGAAACACCCACUUGAUAUACUAUAAUUCUUGCCCUUUAA